AUGGCGCCCAACGCCCCCGUUGCAUUGACCCGGCAGUCGUAUCCAUUGAAUGGAGCGAAGCGGCUGGCGCUGCGGCAGCGCCCGGAGUCGCCCCCUGAGGAUUCGUCGCUCCCGCAGCCGUCUCCCCCCACCCCACCCCCCAACGCCUGCCGCUUCCUUGCCGACAAAAGGGCGUCUCGGUUGGUUUUUACAUUUUCUUGUCAUGGAGAAGAAGAGCAAACCUUUGGCGGCGGGCGGCUGCCAGACUGGCUGACUCCUUUCUUCUUCUCUGCCCGGACAGGGUUCGCCUUCCCCGACUGGGCCUACAAGCCCGAAUCAAGUCCCGGCUCCCGGCAGAUUCAGCUGUGGCACUUUAUCCUGGAACUUCUGCAGAAAGAGGAGUACCAGAACGUCAUCGCCUGGCAGGGGGACUACGGGGAAUUUGUCAUCAAGGAUCCGGACGAGGUGGCCCGGCUCUGGGGCAUUCGUAAAUGCAAGCCCCAUAUGAACUACGACAAACUGAGCAGAGCCCUAAGGUAUUACUACAACAAGCGGAUCCUGCACAAGACGAAGGGCAAGCGCUUCACUUACAAGUUCAACUUCAGCAAAGUAGUGCUGGUGAACUACCCUCUCCUGGACAUGGCUGCCAACUCUCCGUUUCUGCUGGCCCAGAACCCAUUCAACGGGGGCAGCCACGGUUCCGACUGCGCCCCACUCACCCCCGAGACCCUGCAAAGCCUCUUCUCCAGCCCUCGCCUGGGGGACCCCGCCACCCGCACCCCACUCUUCGAGCGCCAGUCAGAGACAGAGAAGCUGCGCCUGGAUGCGGCCUUCCCUUUUCUGGGAUCCGGUGUCUCCAGCUACACGAAACCACCCGGCCUGUUACCUCCCUAUGGCAGGAAUGCCACUUUCCCUGAUUACCCCUGGAAUUUCAACCCUUACCUUUCCAGCACCUUCUCCCUGAAUGCCUCCAAGCUCCCCGCUUCCCUCUAUCCCCCCCACUUUUACCCCAACCCCCUGUCUGGUUCACUUGCCCAACUUCCCACCCCCCUCUCCCUCCUGCCCGGAGAUACCUCCGAGCGGGCUGCAGCGGCAGGGGCCGGCACUAUCCCCCGUCUCUCCCUGCCCUCCCACGGCACAACACUGCCCCUGCGCGUGGAUGCCAACAAGGCGAGCACCCGCGAAAAGGAGUUACUGGGGAGCAGGUCCCAAAGCCCCUCGGGGGGCCGGGGGCCCAAAGAGGACCCCGACUCCGAUUCCGAGCUGGAGAUCACCGAUCUGAGCGAGUGCAGUUCGGAGAACGAAGGCUGUGACUUCAGCCCCGAUGGCUUGGACACGCUAGAGAACCCUGUGCAGGCCUACAAGCGGCUGGAGACUGAGCGGACAGCGGGAGCCACGCAAAGCCCAGUGGAGGGGGUCAGCCUGGCUUCUCCCAAGGAGGGGAAGGGGCUGCUAAGCAGCUGA